AUGCUCAGAGACACGAGAUUCUCGACAGGCUACUUCGCCAAUCACAAGGAAGCGAAGAAAGCAGAGGUAGCAAUACUGUUCUCCAGACUAACUCCAUUCCAGUGCAUGGGGAUGCAGACAGACCCACUCAGCCGAUACCGGUUUCUAGACAGGACAAUUGCAGAUCAACCAUACAUAUUUGCAUGUGUCUAUGCGCCAAAUGUAAGACAACACCGAUUUCUUGCCAGAGUAUUGUUGUCCCUAGAGAAAUUCUGGGAAGGCCUCCUCCUGAUUGCUGGGGAUGUCAACUUUGCACUAGACCCGAGGAUCGACACAUCCAGAGGCCACAGCACAUUUCCACAAAACAGCCUCUGUCUAGCCAAGAAAGCAAUACAAGAACCCAGACAACCGGACAGCUGUCGAGUGCUACAUGCGGAUGACCAGGAUUACUCCUACUACUCCCCCAGAAAACCGAAGCUACAGCAGGCUGGACUAUAUACUGAUGGCAUGGGAAUACCUCCACCAACUCCAGGACAGCUCCAUUCUACCUUUGGGCUGGUCCGACAAUGCACCGGUCCUGACACAACUGCGCUCCCCACUAAACAAACCGGUAGAACGCCAAUGGAAAAUGAAUGA